UGAAUGAGGUGAUUGUCAAAGCAAGGGCUCUGAUGUGUGGAGCAUGGGCCUGCGAGGACUGUCAACUGGUGGUGGCGGGUCCUAAAGUCGAGGAUGGUUGGAGCUUCCGCAGAGUGUCUGAUCCCUCUGUUAAGGACCCUUUCCACUGAUGCACUUGAAGAAGCAGAGCACUCUUUCAGAUCUCGCAACUUACUCCAGUCACAUGUGUUUCCCUCAAUGAUUGCUUCAUGUCAAUUCAGUGUGCAGCCACGCCUUCCAAGCAUCCUAAUCCUCACCAGUAUCUAUGUAUGUGCCUGUCACCAUCGUCUGACCCUUAUCCCAGCAAUUUUGCUCCAUUUUCCAGCCAGUGGAUAUGCAUGCUAUUUAGCUUUGCGCAUAUCCAUCACUCUCCUGCACUCAUUGCACAGCCAUAAAAACCACCUAGAGACAAACCAAAAAGAAGGGCAGGGAAGUUCCAUGGCCGGGCUGCAGAGGUCCUCACUGACAUUCAGGAGGUCAGGAUCAUCAGGCAUGGUCUGGGGCGAGAGGCUCAUGUCGGAUGAACAUAGCCAGUGGACCUCAGGGGAGCCAGAAUUCAGGGAGCUACGGCACUCCCGCAGCGUAGGGUCCGUCGGUGCGCAGCGCAGGCGCAACGACGGCACCGAGCAUGGCGGCCAGGCAUUCCGGACACGGCGGGUAGCCCCUGCCAUAGAUCCACCAUCGCCCAAGGUUCCUGGCUGCAUCUUCUGUGGGAUUUUCAGGAAGGCAGGACCUUCGCAGCCAUCUAAGGCCAGAAGGAGAUACAUUGGAGAGUUGGAGAGAGACCAAUUUAUGAAUCGGCAUAUGUUUACGUUGUGAGGGGGUAUUUCAUGAAUUUGGUCAGUUCUUAAUAUUUCUCUUGAUUUUUUUUCCAUCUCUUCCAUAUGAUCAGUUACCUGAGUUCUCAUCUAAAGAAAUUCAACUCAUGUUUUCUAAACCUUUUGCAUUCUUUUUUACGGCUGGGCGAGCACUCUGUUGCUUGAGGCUAGCGGCUCGCUCAACUUGGGAAAUCCUGAAAGUGAUGCUGGUAAUUCUGGGUCCUACGCAGAUUUGACGUCCAUUAUUGAGGGACAAGACUGGUGUUUGCACUAAUAAAGCUUAUCCAUGAGUGGUAUCCGGGUGGGCAAGUUGACCUGAUGCACUUCACAUUUGGCUGGAGUGAUGUGGCUGGUUACGUGUACUAAUCUGCUUUUAGCACGAAGCUGCAUGGUCAUCUCCGGGUUCAGGUCUCUAGUAGUACUGAAACUUGAGAUAACACUAGAAUUAUGACAUCCUUUUGGUAAUGAUGAGGUCAUAGAUUUGAAAAGAAAAGGAGAGGAGAUUCUCACUGUUUUGGUCUUGUGUUCUAAGAGCAACUCUAACCGUGCAAACUAAAAGGGCACACGGUUUGUUCGCA